UGCACAUAAUUUGCAAAUCAAACAGACUGAAAGAAGAUUUCAGCCAUGGCGACCUAUGCAAAGAUUUUAGUUCUAAUGAUAGCUACUCUGCUAUUUGUAGGAGAGAUACAAUUUAGCUCGUCACAGAAUUGUGGGUGUGCCAAAGGACUGUGCUGCAGCAAAUUUGGCUACUGCGGAACCACUCAAGCUUAUUGUGGGUCGGGUUGUAAGCUAGGCCCAUGUACUUCUAAUCCUUCGCCUUCGCCUUCUGUCGCUGCGCCCUCAGGAUUUAUUGAAUCCAUUAUCACCCGAGACUUCUUCAACCGGAUCAAAUCUGGAAUAGCUGCUUCUUGCAAGGGAAACAACUUCUACACAUACAGUGGCUUUACCAGCGCAGCUCAAGCCAGCAAUUUCGCUGGUUUUGGCACCUCCGGAAGUCUUGAAGUUCGCAAAAGAGAGCUCGCUGCUUUCUUCGCUAAUGUCGCUCACGAGACCGGAAAUCUGUGCCAUGUGGAAGAGACUAAAAAAGCCCCGUAUUGCCAGUCUUCCACACAAUAUCCUUGUGCGACUGGAAAGCAAUACUACGGGCGGGGUCCUCUUCAGCUGACCGGGAAUGACAAUUACGGAGCAGCGGGAAAAUAUUUCGGACUUCCGCUGCUGAAUAAUCCAGAUUUGGUUGCCCAACAACCAGACGUUGCUUUCAAGACUUCACUUUGGUUUUGGAUGAUCAAUAGCAACUGUCACAAUGCCAUGACUUCCACCGGGGGAUUUGCUGGCACGAUCAGAGCCAUCAAUGGUGGAGAAUGCGGUGGUGGACGUCCAUGGGCUGUGCAGAAUCGAGUGAGUUCUUAUCAGAAAUUCUGUGGAUGGUUGGGUGUCGCCACCGGUCCCCACCUCUCUUGUUAGUAUUCUUAACUUCUGCAUAAAUAAAUUAUAAAUAAAAGGUUGUGGGGCAUAACAAGGGCACGAACAAGGUCGCUAGUAUGUCUGAAAACCUGCAAUCAUCUGUAGCCUGCUAAGGUCUCUUCACUUUAUGAAGAUAAUAUAGCCCAUGAGGCAUGUUAUGU